CCGCCGCCGCCCGCUUCCUGCCGCGCCCGCCCCGCCCGAGCAGCGGCCGCAGCCCCGGCCGGGCCCAGCGGGGAGAUGAACACGGUGCUGUCCCGGGCCAACUCGCUCUUCGCCUUCUCGCUGAGCGUGAUGGCGGCGCUCACCUUCGGCUGCUUCAUCACCACCGCCUUCAAGGAGCGCAGUGUGCCCGUCCGCAUCGCCGUCUCCCGGGUCACGCUAAAAAAUGUAGAAGAUUUCACUGGACCGAGAGAAAGAAGUGAUCUGGGAUUCGUCACAUUUGACAUCACUGCAGAUCUGCAGAGUAUAUUUGAUUGGAAUGUCAAACAAUUGUUUCUAUAUUUGUCUGCGGAAUAUUCAACAAAAAACAAUGCCCUAAAUCAGGUAGUCCUUUGGGACAAGAUCAUGUUGAGAGGAGACAACCCAAGGCUGUCCUUAAAAGACAUGAAGUCAAAGUACUUUUUCUUUGAUGAUGGAAACGGUCUCAAGGGAAACAGGAAUAUCACCUUGACUCUCUCCUGGAAUGUUGUACCAAAUGCUGGCAUUCUACCUCUUGUUACAGGAUCAGGACAUGUGUCUGUACCUUUCCCAGAUACCUAUGAAACAACAAAAAGUUAUUAAAUUAUAGUACUGAAUCAUAAGCAAAAUAUUUUUUAUACUUGUAUAUUGUGGAUACAUUUUAUUGCAGUUUCUUCUUGCAUCCCAUGCAACUUUUCACUGAAAGAAACUUAAUUUCCUCAGGCUAGCAGCAUAUGAAAAGGAAAUGAAAAUUCAGGGUUUUGUUGGUUUUUUCCUAAAUAAAAAUUGAGGCUGAAGCUUAUGGGAAAGGUAAAUUGCGGAAUAAUGGUUUCAAGGGCGGGGGGGAAACUGGGGUUUUUUUGUUUUUUUUUUUCCUGGCCAUCUAAGUAUAGAUCUCCUUUUCUUUUAAAUAAAUAUUUUUAAACCAGAAGGUAGUCUUCCUUUGGGCUUUUUAAGUACUGUGUUAGUUAUUUAUUUUGUGUAGAACUCAAAUAUACCUUCUGGAGUUGGUUUCUGGGAGUGCCUGAACGAAAUAGCUGUCCCAUUUUAGGGCAUUUUUUUAAAUCCAUGUGCAGUAUGUUAUAGUAGGCUAAGCUUGGUCCUUUCUAGGGCUGCCACCAGCUGCUUGGAAUACUGAUAGUUCAUUAUCUGUCAGUCAGCCUCAGAUCUUGAGUACCACUGAUGUAGCCCACAUCCAGUUCUGUAUUACAAAUCAUUUUAAUUUCUGCUUGCAAUGCAGCAGACUGGAAGAAUAAAAAGAAGUCUAUUCAGUAUGAGUCUUAAGACUUUAAACAUAAGAUAGAAGGCUAAGUCAGUAAGAAAAAUAAAAGCUUUAGGUAAAAAAAGGCUUUCUGAAAUGGAAUCUCUAGAUAUUUAUUGGGAUCUGUUUAUGAGGAAAAAUGAACAUGCUUAUUCCAGAAAGGGCUGAGACAAUAUUAGAAGGGGCCUUCCAUAGCAAGGAAUAGGAUAGAUAUUCCCUAAACAAUCUGGGUAAAUCUUUCCAAAGCAGAGGAUUUCCCCAUAGUAAGGUAGAAUAAUUGAGGCAGAUUUACCAACCUGAGUGUCAAUGAGUCUACCUGCAAGUCUUGCUGAGUGUCAGGAACCAGGAAAGGUAGCAAGCCGCAUGUAGCAGCUUCCGUCAGCGCCUCUGUGGAAAAGGUGGGCUCUCUGUGGCUGCAGAUCCCUCUGUGUGUGCUCCUUCCCUCAGCUGCAGCUGUGAAUGCUGUCAGGGUUGGGAGGAUGGAAGGAGCAGGGUAUCAGGAUCGCCUUGUGGCAAUAGCAAUGGUUUGUAGUGAUUGACUGGUGCAUUUAGGUCAGUGUAUGUCCAGGAGAAGGAGCACGCGUCACUAUCGCCGUCCUGGCACAGUCCAUAACUUACAUGUGUAUUUUCAAACAAAGCAUGACAAGGGAAUUUAUUACCAAGCAGGGAAUAUUCUGGAUGUAUUGCGGGCUUGGAAAAAGAGAAAACUAAAACUUGGGUUUUAAUACUAUAAAUCAGAAAAAAGUAAUAGGAACAAUGAUGAGAACUGCAGUGUGAAAAACCUUGCAAAAGAAGAGAUGCAAAAUACUGGAGCAGAGUAUCCCCCUUUGUUUUGAGCUGAUUGAUUUUGAGGGAACUUACUUGCUUUUAACAAGGGAUCUUUGAUAUUUGCGAAUUAUCCCUAAGUGACUAUUUAAUACAUUCUUCAUGUUGGUGUAUUAAUCAAAAAAGUCUUGAAAAAAGUUCCCAGAACUUGCAUUAUCUUUACAAACAAAAUUUUGUUUAAGUGUGAAGACUAAACAGAUUUUUUAACAAUGUUUUAGGAGAAUUUGUCAUUUGUAUCCAGCAUAUUUGCAUGAAUUUCAGUUCUCUGAACUUGUGCUGUUUUCCACAGAGUAGUAUAAUCAGCACAUUGAAACACAUACUAUUUUUGCUGUGCUUUUGUAUCAAAUUUAUAUAUGGCUCUAAAAACUGUUACGGAAAACUUAAAACUGUCAUAGAGAAGGAAAACAAAAUAUUUUUAGAGAUAAUUGGGCAAAGUUGUGGAUUUGUUUUUGUAAUUGCCGAGUUAAGUGGUUGGUUUUUUCAUAAAUUAUAUUCUUGAAUUGUUUACUGAAGCAUUUCUUGUGGCUUGGCAUUCAGCCAGUUCCCUGCAUUCCUUUGGCAGUACUCUUCCAAUGAAUAUAAUGUCUGCCUAUUAAAGAGAUGCUGCAACUACAAAGACAAGGAUCCACUGUCAAAGAGCAUCAGGGAGAAAGCUACUUUCUUUCCUACAAAAUGGUAUAUUCUUCCCAGCAGACAGUAGCAGAUUUUCAAGACACUGAAACUGUAGCUUUCAAGUGUGAUGUUUGAUGCUUUAUUCGCCUUUCCCUUUGAAGAGAAAUUAUGUUUGAGGUAAGCAUUUUAGAGGGAUGAAGAAGAAACCAUCAUGGAAUUCAAGUUCUUGGAGAGAAGAACUUGUUUUUAUCCUGAGGAAAAGACCAGCAUAGAUGAGCACUUGAUGCUGUAAUAGCUUGGUUUUUGCUCCUGAGCCACCAAGUGAGACAAGGUGUUGGUUCAGGGUUUAAGGAGGCAAAUUCGUCAACUGAUCUCUAUAAAAAAAGUAAAAAGCCUUCCAAAAA